AUUAUAUAAAACUCAAAUGUUUGUGCAGCAACAUAAAUACUUAUGGACUAUAGUCGCACUCACAGUCUCAUGCUCAUAUUGCUUAUCAAAAUCCAUAGCUUGAAGAUAUUGCAAAUACUCUUAUUAAAGAUUUAUCAUAAAUCGAUGUAUGUGUAUUUUGUGGGAUUCCCAAGAAUUUUGCUCUGCACGAUAAACAGAGAAAAGUAAAUGCAAAGCAUCUUAUCUUGGCCAUUGAAUGAUAUCGAUAUCGACAUAUGAGGACGAGUAUUAAAUGAAAUCGCCAAUGGUAUAUAAAGCCAUGGUAGAUUCAUUUAAAAAACCAAUCAAGUUCUAACCAAACAUCGGGCAACUGCACCAACUCAAACUCUAACAACAACAACAACCACAACAAGACAUCAUGAAAUAUUUAUUUGCCAUUCUGUUUGUCCUCGUCCUUGCUGACUGCCAACUACUCGCAUUGGCUGAUACAGGAAAUAUUGAAAGCACCAGCUUUAAUGGACGUCCUGGCUGCAAGACACAGACAGAAGUUGGUCAAGUCUAUGCCAAUUUCUUUGAUUCGACACGUUAUUGGCGGUGUCUUGCUGUUGGCGUUGAUGCCAUACCCAUUCGUUGUCCCAACGGUUAUGGCUUCCAACCGCAAUUGGGCUCAUGUGUAUCGUUCGCCUCAUGGCAAUGGGAGACACAGAAAAUGCCACCAAGUUGUCCUGAUUUUGAAGCGGAAUGCAUACCCAAUUUGAAAGUUUAGAUGCUGUGUGGUGAUGAUGCUGCU